AGACAGAAAUCAUUUAAUUUUAUAAUUCAAUUUUCAUAUAUUUUAUUCCCUUUUUGAGAACAGUAAACCGAUCCAAUUCCUAUAUAAACACUCCCUCCUUGCCCCUCAAGAACAUCACUCAAGGCAAUCAAAGUUUCUUUCAGAUACCAAACAAAGUUUCUUUCACACACUCAUUUUCCUUCAAACCAAACACUAUUUACACCUUAAACAUUAAAAAACACACUCAUACCUUUUAUUACCUACGUGAUCGAACCCUCUGUUUCAUUUCAAACAUGGCGUCUAAUAUCACCAGUACCAAAGCUGCCAAAGUCACCGCCAAGGCUCCCAGCGCUCCCCGCAGGGCUUUUGUUACGUUCUUGGCAGGGAACGGGGACUACGUCAAGGGCGUGGUGGGGUUAGCCAAGGGCCUGAGGAAGGUUAGGAGCAAGUACCCACUUGUGGUGGCGAUCUUGCCGGACGUGCCAGAAGAUCACAGGAAGAUUCUGGUAGAUCAGGGGUGCAUAGUCAAGGCGAUCGAGCCUGUGUACCCACCUGAGAAUCAGACCCAAUUUGCCAUGGCCUACUAUGUCAUCAACUAUUCCAAGCUACGUAUCUGGGAGUUUGUGGAGUAUUCCAAGAUGAUAUACUUAGACGGAGACAUUCAAGUGUUUGAUAACAUAGACCACUUGUUUGACAUGGAAGAUGGUUACUUCUAUGCUGUGAUGGAUUGCUUCUGUGAGAAAACUUGGAGUCACACUCCACAGUACAAGAUUGGCUACUGCCAGCAGUGCCCUGAUAAGGUUCAGUGGCCUUCUCAGCUGCGUCCUAAACCUCCUCUUUACUUCAACGCUGGAAUGUUUGUAUAUGAACCUAGCCUUUCUGUGUAUGAUGUCCUCUUGAGUACUCUCAAAGUUACCACUCCUACCCCUUUUGCUGAGCAGGAUUAUCUCAACAUGUUCUUUAGGGAUAUUUACAGGCCCAUCCCUCCAAUUUACAACCUGGUCAUGGCCUUGCUAUGGCGUCACCCUGAGAACAUUGAGCUAGAAAAAGCAAAGGUUGUUCACUACUGUGCUGCUGGCUCCAAGCCAUGGAGAUAUACUGGCAAAGAAGAGAACAUGGACAGAGAAGACAUUAAGACGCUGGUGACAAAAUGGUGGGACAUUUACAAUGAUGAGUCGCUUGACUACAGAAACGUGGUUUCUGGUGAAGCAGAAGCUGAUGAGGAUGAACAAACAGGCUUAGAACCAUAUUUGGCAGCAAUGUCAGAGGCUGUCGUUGUUAACCAUAUUAGAGCCCCAUCCGCUGCUUAAAAGUUUGUGGCAUUUGUUGGCGAUAUAGAUUAUUAUAUCUAAGUUGUCUAACUGUGUAAAUGUCUUUUCUUAGUUUUUCUUACUAAUUUCUCUUCUGUCCUUCCUUUUUCUAAAUGGACAGAGUUUGUCAGGAGCCUAAGGACCAUUGAUGGUUGUUUCCUUGGGUUUGAUUAUUUCUAGUUCUGUUGGUAUUGAAUUUAAUAUAAAAAAAUAUUUCUGUA